CUGCCUCCCUCAUACCUUCGUCUGCUCUCGAAAGGUUGAAGCCAUGUGGGGUCGACUCGCUCUGUUCCUCGUCUUCCUGGUCGGUUACUUCCCGAGGUCCUCGGCUGCCUUCCGCAGGGGCCAGGUGGCUCCGGAUGACAUCGAGAACUGGAUCCAAGAAAUUAAGGAAGACAGAAGCAACCUCAUAAGAGCACACCGUGAAGUCCUCGAAGAAGGAGAGCUCACCAAGGACCAGAUCCUCGAAGAUGAAUCCACACUCAGAGCCCGACCUGGUCGACCUCGAGAAGACCCUGAGGAGCUCCCAGUCGACAUCGUGCCUCUGAAGUUGCAACUCAAGGACCCAGAGGAGAGCAUGACUCCGAAUCAUGAGGGUUCAGGGGACAUGGCCGCUGACGAAGGGUCCGCCAUGAUGGCCAGGCAGAAGAGACCACGACCUCCUCCUGAUGAAGUUCCCAUAGACAUCAUGCCCUUGAGUGCUGCUGCUGCUGCUAAGACUCGAAGGGAACCUUCGUGGAGGACGCCAAUUCUUAACGUCUUGCACAGAUUCAAGUUCCCAGUCUUCGACGUGACGUCGAGGGAGAAGGUCGGUGACCUACCUGCCAUCGAGGAGGAACCCGGUGUUCCCAUGGACACCCGCCCACUGAGCCUGAGGCAGAGUCCUACUCCCGUCGAAGCAGACCGGAAGGCAACAAUAUGCGGGGGAACUUUUCACGGACUGAGUGGAAUCAUCAACUCGCCUGAUUAUCCUUUCAAUUAUCCAAACAACAUCAGAUGUGUCUUCCAAAUCAUUCUGGAACCAGGAUACACAGUUGGACUUGACUGCAAUGACUUUUCCAUUCAACCUGGAGACAAAGACUGCGAGAAUGAUUUCAUGUCCAUUUCAGACAACGGAGGAGAAGUCGAACCUACGACGAAAUACUGUGGAGACAAGGCAAUCUCAGCUUUCUCCCAGUCCAGCAACAUGACCAUCGUGUUCCAGACGGACGGUGCCUACAGAUACAGGGGUUUCAUGUGCCGCUACAGGGCCCUCAACCCAGACGGAACAGGUGCCGAAGGAAUUGUUCACGUUAAUUCGACCGCUUCCCAACACACUGUCAUCUGCACUGGCCCAGGAGACGACGGUUGGGCUGGAAAAUGCGGCGUGAGCAACGCCAUUUCCACGAGGAUCGUAGGCGGCCAUAACAUACAAGAGCAUCAGUUUCCUUGGAUGGUUGCUGUCUUGAAGGAGUGUGGAAAGGACCAUGAGCAUUACUGCCACAUCUGCGGUGGGACGGUCAUCCACACUCAGUGGAUCCUGACUGGUGCUCACUGCUUGGUCAGUGUGCCUGUGGAGACGAUUGCCCUGCUACUCGGAGACCACAACCUCUACACCCUGACGCCGUCUCAAAAGUUCUUCCGCGUGGAGGCGGUCUAUGUACAUCCGGACUUCAACGUACCAUCGCCCCUCAAUAAUGACGUUGCUUUGGCCAAGUUGCCACAGAAUAUGGCGUUCAACAAGUACAUCUCUCCAAUCUGCAUGCCUCCGAGGAGUUACGUGGACUUACUGAAUCUGAUUCCGAGGAAAAUCAACGGCGGUCAGGCGACGACGACAACGCCCCCACUGGGUCGUCGUGACGUUAGACAAGGUCAAACGACAGAGGUUCCUCUCUCCCACAAGGUCAUCCACGAAAACCUCGACGGACGUAACGUCUCGAUCUUCGGCUGGGGCACGAUCAACGACGACGCCACGGUCUCGCAGACACUGAGGGGCGUGUCCGUGACAGUCCUGCCCAACGAGGAAUGUGAUUACUACUACGGCGUUAUGACUGAUACCAUGAUGUGUACCUCAGGGGAUGGUGGUCACGGGCCUUGCCAGGGCGACAGCGGAUCGCCCGCCCAGAUCCAGAUGGUCGACGGGCGGUGGAUCCAAGUGGGCGUCCUGGCCUUCGGCGCCGCCUACGGGUGCGAGGUGGGGUAUCCUUCGGGGAACGUCCUCCUCCCCGUCUUCGUCGACUGGAUCGAGUUCGUGACCGGCGUCGACUUCGGCGAGUAUUACUAGGACUAGGAAGACUAGGACUAGUUUGAGGAGGUCUCCGCGCGACGGAGAGCUUUGGCUGGGAUUAGCGAGUGAGGGGAGGCUGUUUUCUUGGCUAUUUUAGCUAAAUUGUUCGUUAGAAUUGAGUUUCUUUUAAGACUGAAUUAAAAAAAAUCUUUAUGUCUUGAGAAGUGAGGUCAAUUAGAGAUAUUUUACCUCUUGACAUCUGCCAUAGGUUCAAGAUAUUCUCUUACAUACAUUGGAAAUAACCAAAACUAUUUUUAAAUCAUUAAACGAAACUUUUUUUUUAUUAAUAUUGAAUAAAAAACACCUUUUUAUCUUCAAGACUGAGGUAGAUAAGAAGCAUUUUCUUUCAGAAAUUCUGAAUAAACAAAAAAAAAAACACCUUUGUAUCUUGAGAACUGAGGUCAAUUAGAGAUAUCUUACGUGAAAAAUAACAAAAAAUACAUUUUCUCUUUAAAUCUGCGAUAGGUCAAAGAUAUUUUCUUUCCUACAUUGGAAAUAUUAAAACUAUUUUUAAACCAUUAGAAAAUUGUGAUGUAUAUGAAUGAGAUUUUUAAAAACUAAUAAUGAAUUAAAAAAAACACCUUUUUAUCUUAAAGAUAGGUAGAUAUGAGGCAUUUUCUUUCAGAAAUUGAAAAUUGAAAAAACUUAUAUUUUUAUCAUUUAUAUUUUGUUUAAAUAAUGGGAUAAUUGCGAUAAAUAUGGUUGAGAUUUUGUUUUAAAUAAUGACGAAGAAAAGGCUUUAUCAUAUGUAAAAACUAAGAUGGAUAAAAGACAUGUUUUUUCAUAAAUAGAACAUUAAAUUUUUUUUUUAAAUAUGAGAAAAUUGUUCUAAAUAUGACAGAUAUUUUUUUUCAUUCUGAAUAGAAAAUAAAUCUUUGAAAACCGAGCCAGAUCCGAGACACUUUGUUUCAUAAAUAGAAAAUAUAUAAAAAAGAAUCUUGAAAUCAUUAGAGAAUUAGUUUAAAUGAAACUUUUUAAUUUCUGAGUAAUUUUCAAUCAAGACAAAUUUCUUUUAAGUAUUUGAGUCAAUGGAGGUAAGAAUUAGGUUUUUGAAAAGAAAAAGAAUAAAACAUAAAACUACAAAGAUGAUAAAUACUAACAAAAAACUCAUCGAGAAAAUAUAAAAUGAAUAUAUUUUCCUCCUAUGUAAUAACCAUCUAUGGAGCACAAUAUGGCAACACGUAGAGGUAAAGGAAAAAACUGUACAUAAAUGGAGCUAACUGUGAUAUUAUUAUGUUUUAUUGUUAUAUACAUUGUUGAAUAAACGUGUGAAGCAUU